AACAGUCUCUCGUAUUUAAAGCCAACGCUAACACUACCAUGUCAACAACUGCUUCCCCACCCACCCUCUUUUUCUCACUUGUAAAUCACAAUUCUCCGUUUCCCAUAUAGUAAUCGCGGAGAGGGAGUGAUGGUGGGACCGCCUAGGCCAUUGUUCGUCUUAUUCGGAUCAUCCAUCGUUCAACACAGCUACAGCAAUGGCGGUUGGGGCGCUGUUCUCUCCGAUAUCUACGCCCGUAAAGCUGACAUAAUCUUAAGGGGAUACUUUGGUUGGAAUUCCAGACGUGCUGCCAAAAUUCUUGAUCUGGUUUUCCCCAAGGAUGCUCCUGUUCAGCCAUCAUUGAUAAUCGUGUAUUUCGGUGGCAAUGAUUCCAUGGGACCUCACUCAUCUGGACUCGGUCCUCAUGUACCACUUCCAGAAUACAUUCAAAAUAUGAGAACAAUUGCGAACCAUCUCAAGAGCCUUUCAGACAAUACUCGCAUAAUAUUUCUUAGUUGUCCUCCCGUGAAUGAGGUUAAACUUGCUGAAAGCACAAGUACAUAUUUCAGUGAGCUAGUUCGAACAAAUGAGUUAUGCCGGAUGUAUUCAGAGGCUUGCAUAGAGUUAUGCAAGGAGAUGGAUGUGAAAGUAGUUGAUCUGUUUACAGCAAUCCAGAAACGAGAAAAUUGGAUGGAAACUUGCUUUACGGAUGGAGUCCACUUGUCCGAGGAGGGAAGCAAGGUGGUCGUGGAACAAAUACUGGAGGUGCUGAAACAGGCCGAGUGGGAGCCUAGUUUACAUUGGAAAUCGAUGCUCACAGAGUUCUCAGAGGACUCCCCCUACGAUCUAGUUGCUUCGGAUGGAAAAACCACGAUAAAUCCUUCCGAGUGGACUUACCACAGAAAAAUUCAGUGGGACUAGCUGUUUUAAACCCAAUUUUGCUAUGUUGGUAGCUACUUCCAUUGAGCAGAAUGAAUGUGCAACUAGUUAUUUAUGCUCCUCAAGUAUUUUGUAUUUGGACCAACCCUGCAACAGUGUGAGGGAUGGGCUAGCUAGCUAUGGUUGGAAAGUCCUUUCCAACUUUUGUCACUUUAAUUGUGCUACCAAAUUCAGUUUAUAGGGUGAACUUUGAUCCUAAACCCAGCUAUAUGGUAGUAUUAUAAAAAUAUUUUUCUUUCA